CCUAGACAUUCCAGAGAGUUCCUCGCUUCCUCCAUAAAUCCAUUCUCCAGUUCUCUACUGCAAUCACUCCCACCCGAUUUUCUCUAUUAUGGCGUUAUUUGGUGAUCCAUUCAGACGAUUCUUCUUCAACCCUCCAAUCUAUCGCACAGGAUCAGUAACAACAGGUCUCAUGGAUUGGUUCGAAACUCCACAAGCUCACUUCAUCAAAAUCAACGUCCCAGGAUAUAGCAAGGAGGACGUGAAGGUGCAGGUGGAAGAAGGGAAUGUGUUGGUGGUGAGAGGCGAAGGUGGAAAAGAAAAGGAAAAGGAAAUGGAAAAGGGGACUGUUUGGCAUGUGGCUGAGAGAGGAGGAGGAGUCGAGGGUGUUGGGUUUUCGAGGGAAAUCGAGUUGCCGGAGGAUGUGAAAGUUGACCAGAUCAAAGCUCAGGUGGAAAAUGGUGUUUUGACGGUGGUUUUGCCGAAAGAUCUCAGCCCCAAGGCCUCCAAAGUUCGUAACAUUCAUGUCUCCAGCAAGCUUUAGUCAUGAGUACGUGAGGUGCUUACGAAACUUAAUGUAGAAACCUUUAGAGAUGUAUUUUGUUCUUAUGACAGAUAGUAAUUACAUUAUAUGUAUAAUCCACAAUAAAAAGGUUCGAUACCCAUUGUGUUACAACAUUGUUUAUAAUGCUGUAAAUAGGAUGUUUUAUCGAUGUACGCGAUAUGUUGAGGUUUGUUUGCAUUUUAUUUGAGUC